GUGACCUAACCCCGGAAGUAGCUUGUAUACAGUGCAGCGCGAUAAUUCUUCCCCCAAGGUGAUAGGGGAGAACUCGGGAUGUUGAGUAAUUUAUGGCAAGCGUUUAAAAAUAACUCGAACUUGCGGUAUGGAGUGCCCAUGGUGCUCUUGGUUGUUGGAGGCUCCUUUGGACUCCGUGAAUUUUCACAAAUUCGUUAUGAUGCCCAAAAGAUUAAAAGUAAAGUGGACCCAGCCAUUGCUGAGAUGAUUAAAAAUAAAGAGAAGACUAGCCUGGAAUUGGAGUACGAGAAAAUAAGAGACAACAGAUUUGAGGAAUGGGACAACAUAAGAGGACCUCGUCCAUGGGAAGACUCUAAAUCUUACCAAGACCAACAGAAGAUAAAAACCAGCACGAAGACAUAAAUAAUGAGUUAGAAAGCAUUGAAAACCUUUACAAAGGUGCCUUCAGAGGACAAAACAAGCGGAUAAUGUUCCAUUUCGUUGCUUUGUCCUUACAAUUUCACAGUCCUUGCGCAGGAGAGCCUUAUAGUGUCCGCAGGCUUCCUAUAAAGAGCAUGCUUCAACACUCCUGGACAUUUGAGUCUGUCUUUCCACCAGGUGGACCUUGAUGAAGUGGCAGGCCUAGCUCUGAUUUUUUGAUUGUUUUCUGACACAAGAUUCUCGUUAAUAUUAAAUCAUUGUUUUAUGCUAUCUUUCUUGUCAAGUUCUUUUUAGAUUUCUCUAACGGAUUGCUGCAAAUAGAAUAUUAAAUCUUUCACAUAGGACCAGUCAUGGAAAUUGAUUUCUGUGCAGAAGUGAAGUCACUGCAGAAAAAGAAAUUGUUAGGGAAAUGAUGAAAGUUGCUUUCUACAUUCAGAUAAAAUGUGUUUAAUGUGUACAGUGUACGGGAAAUUAAAGGAUGUUUUGCAACAUA